GCGGUGCCAACAUGGCCGUCGUCGGGCAGCCGCAGGAUGCUCGCGACGCUCUUCCUGUCCGAACUACGUUGACACGCUUUCCCGGCGCGUUGCACACCUUGACACGCAUAUCGGCACGGAAGCAGCCUGCCUGAUCGAUUGAUCGCCAGCAGUGACCCGCCACACCAUCGCCGGUACUACUCGCGCGUGCAACAAGUGACAUAGUAUUAAAACUCAAGCGUAUUAAUGACACAUUGCUAUUGUUUCUUUGCGGUGAUGUGACUGUGGGUUGCUUAUAAAUAUAGAACGUGCCCUUUCGAUGAGUGGCGGCGCGGGUGAGCCAAGCAGUGAGUGACGUCUCGGCCCCUCACGUUCCCCGCGCCGCGCAACGUCAACAGUGCCGCGUCACGCCGACCGCGACCGGUCUCCGGCCUGGCACAUAAAUAAUAUCAACAAGCACGCGUUGCCGUCUGUGGGAGCCACAUUCAAACGUACCCAUAUGAAUCGUUUGUAGUACGAACAAAAAUGACGAUCUCGCGGUGACAUUUCUACAAACAUUCGACCGUUGCAGUGCUUAUUUUUGUGACAUAUUACAAAAUUAUGUGAUACAACAAGACAGAUGAAUGAAUGAUCGACGGAGGAGCCGUCUGGCUUUACUGUCGAUAUGACGAUAACACGAGUGAAACGUAGAGUGCGCGUGGCGCCGACUUCAGUACAGUAGUGAUCGCGCAGUCCGAACGUCGCGCCGCACGUGCAUCUCACACAUCGCGAUGCCCUCGCCAGCAUCUCGGAGAUGCCAGAUCAACCGCGAUUAACUGAUACGAAAGUGUGAACUUGAACCGAUGCAUUUACCACGAGAGUGUUUGUGGAGAGCGUUCAGGAGACGCCGGCGAGUGGCUCGAUAGCCACACCAUGCUGACAUUCGUGUUCGCGGUGUGGUCGGCAGCGCGCGCGCUGGGCUGGGCGUGCGACACGGUAGCCACCUCCCCUGAGGCGGAUGAGGCCCCCGUGUUGCCGCGGCUGCGCUCGGCGCGCGCCUCCAGUGACCUCUCCACCCUCAGCACGACCACGACUAGCUCCAGCCAGACAAAUAGCGACCACCCUAAGAGGUGGAGCGAAGCACCACGGCGGUGGAGCGCACGAGGUUCGACCAGAAGACCACUACGAAGAACCCCGGUCUCCGUCAGAAGAAGAACUACUGGCAGCUUCGAUGUGGAGAAUGGCGGGGGAGCGGGAGCCGGUGCGGGGGGUGCUCGGUCGCCCCUGGAGGGGGGCUCCCCCUCCGCCGCGCUCGUCCUCCAGGCCAUGCCGCAGCGCCGCGAGUCCUUCCUCUACCGCUCCGACUCAGACUUCGAGAUGUCACCCAAAUCUAUGUCGAGGAACAGUUCCAUCGCCAGCGAAAGAUUCAAGGAGUCCGAGGCGGCACAGCUGGACAGAGCCCACGGCGAAGACUUGAUCGUGACGCCGUUCGCUCAGGUGCUAGCCAGCCUUCGCAGCGUCCGCAACAACUUCCUUUGUCUCACCAAUGUUCCUGUAGGGAAAUCACGAAGAUCUUCAGGAGCAGCGGCAGUUACGCCUCAGCCAAAAAAUCUUAAUCCUGGAGACGAAGCCUAUAUGAAGCUAGCACUAGAAACUGUGGAAGAAUUGGAUUGGUGCUUGGACCAACUGGAGACCAUACAAACACAUCGAUCUGUCUCCGAUAUGGCUUCGCUCAAGUUCAAACGGAUGCUGAACAAAGAGCUGAGCCACUUCUCGGAGUCCAGCAAAUCCGGCAACCAGAUCUCGGAGUACAUCUGCUCUACAUUUUUAGACAAACAACAGGAGCUUGAUUUACCAUCCCUGCAAAUUGAUGAAAAUGUUGAACGAGCUAAGAAAAAGGAAAAACCGCGCAUUGGCGGACCUGGAAGUACUAUGUCACAAAUAUCGGGCAUAAAAAGGACUCUGACACACACAAACAGCUUUACGGGAGAGCGUGUACCCAGACACGGAGUGGAAACACCCCACGAAGAAGAAUUAGGCAAACUGCUCGGCGAACUCGACCGCUGGGGUGUCGAUAUCUUCCGGAUUGGCGAUCUUUCCUGUGGGCGGCCUCUAACGGCUGUCGCGUAUGCCAUCUUCACGUCGAGGGAGCUAUUAAACACACUACAAAUUCCGGCACGCACAUUCAUUGCCUUCGCCGUGACACUGGAGGAACACUAUUGUCGUGACAACCCGUUCCACAACUCUCUCCACGCAGCCGAUGUCACGCAGUCUACACACGUGCUUCUCAAUACUCCAGCUCUUGACGCAGUAUUCACGCCAAUCGAGGUGUGUGCUGCUCUAUUUGCAGCAUGUGUUCACGAUGUUGAUCAUCCUGGCCUUACAAAUCAAUAUCUGGUCAACUCUAGCUCAGAACUAGCACUCAUGUACAAUGACGAGUCUGUACUUGAGAACCAUCAUCUUGCAGUAGCUUUCAAACUACUUCAAAACGAAGGAUGUGACAUUUUCGUGAAUCUACACAAGAAACAGAGACAGACUCUGAGGAAAAUGGUCAUAGAUAUGGUGCUCUCAACAGACAUGUCUAAACACAUGACUCUGCUCGCAGACCUGAAGACUAUGGUAGAAACCAAGAAAGUGGCAGGCAGUGGAGUCCUGUUAUUGGAUAAUUACACAGACAGAAUACAGGUUUUGGAGAAUCUCGUACAUUGCGCCGAUCUCAGCAAUCCCACUAAGCCACUGCCUUUGUAUAAACGAUGGGUAGGAUUACUAAUGGAAGAGUUCUUCCAGCAAGGAGAUCGCGAAAGGGAGCAAGGAAUGGACCUAAGUCCAAUGUGCGACAGGCACAAUGCUACGAUAGAGAAAACACAGGUCGGGUUCAUAGACUAUAUCGUACAUCCGCUGUGGGAGACAUGGGCGGAUCUAGUCCACCCGGAUGCUCAAGAUAUAUUGGACACUUUAGAAGAAAACCGCGACUAUUACCAGAGCAUGAUACCACCGUCUCCACCGCCGGCUUCUGUACAGGCUUCACACGCAGGAACAGAUGAUGACCGCCCCGAACAAAUACGCUUCCAAGUAACACUAGAAGAGGGGGAAGGUUCAGAAGAUUGCGAAGGGGAGGGUGAUGGUGGGAUGUGACGGAAACUACUGGGAAUUUGCAAGAAACUCUCAGAGAAGAUGCAAGUGUGGUGGAAGCUCUGGCAGUAGAGCGAGAGCUAAGAGCGGACGGUAACGGAUUAAGGGCGAAAAGCCCCGCGCCGUCGUAGGCAUCGUCGGUGGGCGGUGGGCGCCAGGUGCCAGGCGCGGUAGUGCCGGCGUUGCGCCCGCACCUCGCCGACCCGCUCGCCGGCCAAAGUGGCUCGAACCUCUUGUUGGAUAAUAAUAAUAAUAACACUUGUUGACGCUUACGUCGAAAUGGAGCGUACCGCGGGUGUAUCGUAACAUUUCGAUUUUGAUUAUUUAUAUGUGAUUAUUAUGCAAUGUUGUUUAGAGUUACCUAACGACUAAAUAAUUAUGUCCCUCCAAUGACUGUGUAACAUUCGAUUGUCUAGUGUUUUUACUAUUGUUUCGUUUGUCUAACCAAAGAUAUGAAGAAUUCAAAGGUUAAGUUCACAGAUGAUUUCGAUAUCCCUGUAAGUAGUUAGUCUUCGGUUCUUAAAGUCGUGUAAGUAGUUUAGUCGUCGGCACCGCUAUACCGGGUCGACUAAGUAAGGACAUUGAAAACGCUUAUUAAUUGGUAUGAAAGGGUAAUUUAUAUUGUCAUAUCAUCCACGUUUCUCAUAUUUAAUACGGGUUUGCGAUAAUGAUGUUAUUCACCAAAAUAUAUUAACAUAAUAGGUAUCCUAUAUAUAAAAUCUAUUUUAAGGUAAAUUUUAAAAAAUUGCCUUUCGGAGUUGUUGUUGUGUCUUUUUUCUGAAUAUUUAAUAUUCGGCCAGCCUCUUACUGUGGAGACACGUAACCAAUCAUCCUGUUAGAUAGCUUUACUUGAUUUGGAAACCGAAUAGCACCUCAUUUCUUAUAAAGGAUCGCUGGCGAUCUCUUUACUUUUUUCUUUAGAAUAAUGUAUUAUUUUUGUAAAUUACGUAUUACUUACAACUAGUUCUCUUACCCAAAAAAUUAGUCAUGAAUCUAAGUAUUUUUUUGUGAACGCAACUAACUGAUUGAAGUUUUAAUUAAAUAUUUAGUAGGUACUAACAAAUGAGUGGUUUGCGACUAAGUUUUCUCUCGUUCAAAGACGAAAUAUCUGCAGAAGUAUUAGUAAGGUUCGAACUAUAGCGGCACAUGGCCGGGUCUUGCAAUACUAAGUAGUUUGUCACUGGGCUCCCUCAGCGCACAACUUGGUGGAUGGUUUUUGCUUAUUGUUGUGUGUUUACUGUUCAUUUCAUCACAUUUGUAACCCAAUAGGAUAUUCUUAAGAUUACAAAAUGUAGAUCUGAUUUCAAUUUUAUUCCUCCAGUUAUUCAUAUCAGCAAAUGUCACAGAACAGACAUUAAUUAGGUACUUUGUAACAUCACGAACAGACGCAUCCUUCAUUUGCAUUUCACUGCAUCCAUCAUAUUAAUGUUACGAUUUUAUUACUUACGAGCUGGUCUCUAUACUUUCAUGUACUCAAAAGAUAUUUUGUUUAUCCUAAAAAAUAAACGAUUCAGUUCAUCGAACUCCAAUUCUUUAGUAUCUCCGACCUUUGUUAACAAUUACCGCAGUAUUCUAAGUCAUCUGUCAUUCAUCUGCGUAGAGAAUGAAGGUCCAAUGUAUAUUAUGUUUGUAGGUAAGAAUUGAAUCGGCGAUUAAUAUUAUUUGAUAGGGAAGGUAGGACCCUAGGCACUGGCCCGUGAGUCACUUCGAUCCAGACGGAUCUAUUGUGGCUGCUAUCCCCAUAAAUUAUAAUUCGUCCUGUAGGCCAAUCAAUGUUCGUAAUGAUCCGUAUAAUGUUCUUAGGCUCGAGUUUCGACUACGGAGUCAUCAGUCUGCAGGUAUCUGUUAGACACCUUCCACUUAGACGUUUAUUUAUUCUGUUAAUUAGGCUUCUUAUGACGAAAUUCAAACAUCACCGCCGAAGAAAACCUUCGCGAGAAACCCGCAUUGAGCACCUUGACAUGCUCGUUACCCGCAACAUGGCUUUAGUUUCGCUACGAGGGAUCCCGAGUGUGGGGUCAGGGCCCAUAAUCAAGACCCUCGCCGCCCCUCUUGCCAUGUCACCUGCAGCUUUGUUUCCCGCAACGCCAGUGUCCAAGUACCGAACCUAAUGACAGAAUUGUUACUAUAUAUUAUUUAUGGCUCUUCAGAUUUCAGUGCCUUAAGCGCCGCCUGAUUGUCAAAAGGAUUACUAUUUUCUAAACUGGUGUUGCGGGUAGUCUAAUCGGCGAUGAAAAAUCAUUAUUAAUAGUAGCCACGGCUCUUAAAAGAACAAAACUCCUCGUAAGUUUAAUUUAAGCUGUGUUUAGGUGCAGUAUCUCCACAUAAAGAUGUAAUUUAAUGAUUAGAUUGUUUAAUAAUCUAUAUUGUCGAUGACGCGAGUUCAAUGCAUAAUGGGGUCGUUCACUUUUACUUUCCUACGCCCUGUUUGAAAAAAACUCAAUAUCGCCAUGACGUCUUCACGAUUGACAUGAAAAAUUGAAAACGCUUAAAAUACGAUUAAAAAAAAUUGUGUGUUAAUAGGAACAUUACGCUUAGAAUUUUUGUUUUAUAAUAAUGUAUGUAUUUGUAACUAAAAUUGUGUUAAAUGUUAAAUUGUGCGUACAACAGUAGAUCUGUGUACACCUAUAACGUAUUUGAACGUACCAAUCUUUCGUAGUUCACCUUGAACAAAUUGUAAUCUGUAUGUGAACUCUGCAAGUCUAGAUUUUUCUGUACAGUUUGUAAAAGGGGUUGCGAUGUGUGUUGGGAUUUCACAAUCUGUACGACAUAAUAAAACAAGAAUGUAGAAUACCAUAAUAUCCUUACACGCAUCACAAAACUGAACACCAUAUAGCCAAAUAAAUAUCAAUAGCUAUACACCUUCAUGUAAAUAUAUAACAUAUAGUAGGUACCUAUAUUGACGUAAGACUCCGAAAGAUAUACAUUUUGUAAGGAGCUUAUUGGUGUUCAAACCCUUUUGUAACAGGUCAAACGAGUUUCUAAUAAAUACGCUAUAAGAAAGAGUAGUAAGAAAUAAGCAUCACAUUCAAAUAAAAUAUUAAAAAAGCACCAAAAAUAGGUCUUCUAUCAAACUGUUCAAGAAUUUUGUUAAAAUUUUAUUUUAAUGUGGUGCCUCUGUUAUACAGAUGUUCGCCUUAGUGACUCUCAACAAUUUCUUGUUAGACCUUAUAAAUAAUAAUAGCCCAACCAAAAUUGUGUAACUAGAUUUAUAAUGUGCUCGUUGUUCAAUCUCGUUUCAGUAAAUAGGAGUACCUUUAUAAUACAAAUAAUAACAUUUUGAAGAUUAACAGUGUAUCAACGUCAGAAUAGGUUAUUGAUUUUAUUAGAGCAGCUUGGUAUUGUCCAAAGUAAGUGAUUGAGAAUUUGGAAAAGCCAUACGCUGUGAAAAUUCCAAACACAAUUAAAAAUCACUGCUUCAUGAGUUUACAAUGACAGCUGCCAAUUUAACAAUUUCGUAUGGGAAAUUUGACUGUGCCCCUAGCGGUCACAAGAAAUGGCAAUUCGUAUACGCGAUCGUUAGCAACGACUGUCGCUGUAAACGCAUGGUCAUAGUAAAGACCCGGUUCACAUAAUGUGUUCACGAUCUGAGUUUGCAUGAAGUUUUAAAGUGUUCAAGUCUUAGCGGAUUAAAAUAUAUUUAAAACGUGAUUUUUUUUAAUAAUGACAAAUGCAAUGAUGUUUUACUCGUGGUAGUCAUGACCGACUGAAUCUUGUUAUGUUACUUUAAUGAUGAUGUAUUAGAAUUUCACAGUGUAUGGAAAAGAGGUGUGAGCAACAGACAUGUUAAUCCCAUAGUCAUAUUUAGAAUUACUUAAUUAAAAAUAAUAAUUAUCAAAUUAUUUUGGCCAAAGUGGUUUCAGUGUCGUGUAUAUGUUUGAUCAGUACGAAGAACUAUCGCUAAGGUUGGAUAAUACCUACUUAGAUAAAUUUAUUAAUACCGAGUUAAAAGUGUGC